AUGAAGUUCAAUUUAUGGAUCAUCUUUUUCGUCGCCGUCCUCGCUGGGAUUAUCGAAUCCGUGGACGGCGGCGGAUGGGGGCGGUGGGAUUUACUCCAGUCUAGCGUCGGCAUAACCGCAAUGCACAUGCAGCUACUUCCAAAUGACCGAAUCGUAAUACUUGACCGGACCGAUUUUGGCAAGUCGAAUAUUUCCCUUCCAAAUGGAAAUUGCCGCCGUGAUUGGAAAGACAAGGCGUUGAAAGUGGACUGCACAGCUCAUUCCGUCGAGUACGACGUCGUAACGAACUCCGUCAGACCGUUAUAUGUCAUGACGGAUGUCUGGUGUUCAUCCGGUUCUUUGAUGUCGGACGGUCGUUUGGUGCAGACCGGGGGUUUCAACGAUGGUGAUCACGCCGUGAGAACAAUCAGACCGUGUCUGAACUGCGACUGGACGGAAACCUCGACGGAGCUCAUUAACAGAAGAUGGUAUUCCACCAAUCAUAUUCUUCCAGAUGGCAGACAGAUCAUCAUCGGCGGCAGACGCCAGUUUAAUUACGAGUUUUACCCGAAAACACCCUCCAGUUCUUCAGCUUACAAUUUGCCCUUCUUGGUCCAAACCAAUGACCCGAAGGAAGAAAACAAUCUAUACCCGUUUGUGUUUCUUAACGUGGACGGUAAUCUAUUCAUUUUCGCAAACAAUCGGGCCAUCCUGUUUGAUUACACUAAACGGGUUGUGGUAAAGAAUUACCCGCAAAUCCCGGGUGGGGACCCGCGGUGUUACCCGAGUACAGGAUCCGCAGUUCUACUUCCGAUCAAGAACUCGGCUCAAGCCGAAGUUUUAAUAUGCGGGGGGGCUAGACGCGGGUCAUAUACAAGCGCCAUAAAAGGGCAAUUUGGCGUCGCAUUGAACACAUGUGCCAGGAUCCGAAUAACCGAUCCAAAUCCAAUGUGGGUCAUGGAAACAAUGCCGCUUGCAAGGCUAAUGGGUGAUAUGGUGUUACUACCGAACGCUGACGUUUUGAUAAUUAACGGUGCAUCAAAAGGGUCAGCGGGUUGGGAAUUCGGUAGGAGUCCGGUUCUCAACCCGGUUACGUACCGCCCGGAUAAUCCAUACGGGUCGAGAUUCGAGAUCCAAAACCCGAGUGUCAUACCAAGAAUGUAUCAUUCAACCGCAAUUUUACUACGUGAUAGUCGGGUUGUAGUUGGGGGUAGUAAUCCCCAUGAGAAAUAUAAUUUCACUUCAACUUUAUUCCCCACGGAAUUAAGCCUAGAAGCUUUUAGUCCGUCUUAUCUAGACCCGCAGUUUGCAUCCACCCGCCCAACUAUAAUUUCGCCCGUUAACCAAAUCAAACUCCGACACGGGCAAUCGAUCUCCAUUCGGUUCAAAGUAACCGGACCCAUAUUCGAUGCUUUGGUUUCGGUGACUAUGGUAGCGCCAUCAUUCAACACACAUUCAUUCUCUAUGAAUCAACGGUUGCUAGUGCUAAAAAAUAUCGGGAAAGUUAUACACAAUGGGGCAUCGAUGUAUUUGUUGACGGUAUCGGCUCCGGAUUCAAGUAAACUUGCCCCGCCCGGAUACUAUCUAUUGUUUGUGGUUCAUAAAAGUGUACCAAGUGAGGGUAUUUGGGUCCAUAUAGAGUGAUACCCU